AUGAUCGUUUCGACUCUUGUUUUGGGGAGUAUAUGGCUAGGAGCAGUCUUUGCGAAGAAACAUGAUACAUUACUUGCAUCAUACGACUUUGUUAUUGUUGGAGGAGGAACGAGCGGGUUAGUUGUUGCUAACAGGCUUACGGAGAAAGAUUUUACUGUGGCAGUUAUCGAAGCGGGCGAGUCGGUCCUCAACAAUUUCAACGUUUCUACUCCUUAUGGUUACGGCAGGGCCUUUGAUACACCAAUCGACUGGGCCUACCAGACAGAAGACCAAGAAUAUGCCGGAGGAAAAAAGCAGACUAUGCGCGCUGGGAAGGCAAUUGGUGGAACGAGCACGAUUAACGGAAUGUCAUAUACACGAGCACAAAAUGCACAAAUUGACGCCUGGGAAUCGGUUGGAAACAAAGGAUGGAACUGGAAGAGUCUUCUCCCAUACUACAAGAAAUCCGAAGGUUUCCAAAUUCCCACUCCAGAUCAAGUUGCUAAUGGCGCAGACUAUUAUAUAACCUACCAUGGACAAAAUGGUCCAGUCAAGACCGGCUGGCCUUACGGAAUGGCCAACAGCAGUGUGCUUCCAGUACUCGACGAAACCCUUAGCCAAAUCCGCGUCUCUUAUAACCGUGAUGUCAACGGCGGAAACAUGGUUGGACUAACAGUUCAUCCCGAUACCGUCGACCGAGAAGCGAAUGUUCGACAAGAUGCUGCCAGAGCUUACUACUGGCCCUAUCAACAACGACCGAACCUCAAAAUCAUCACGAACACAUACGCAAACAAGAUCAUUUGGUCCAAUGAUUCCCACGAAGCAGUUGCAACUGGUGUUGAGGUUACAGGCCCAGAUGGCGUUUUAACAGUCCAUGCGUCCAAGGAGGUAAUUUUAUCUGCUGGUUCUCUCAAAUCACCCGUUAUUCUAGAACUAUCCGGUAUCGGAAACCCCGAUAUCCUCAAGAAAUACGACAUCCCCGUCAAAGUCAACAUUUCCACCGUCGGCGAAAACCUACAAGACCAAACCAACAACGGACUCACAUACGGAAGCCGAGAAAGGUGGAGCGGUCUCCCAGCCUUCUCCGCCCUACCAUCCGCCGAGCAGAUAUAUGGUGACAAGGUCGAAUCCAUCGCCAAUACCGUCAACGCCAGUCUCGCCGAUUACGCUAAGGCCGUAGCCAACUUCUCGAACGGCGCUGUCCAAGAGGCCAAUGUUCUUGCUGCUUUCCAACUUCAGCAUGACUUGAUCUUUCAAAAGCAAGUUCCUUACACAGAGAUUGUCUGGUUGCCAGUCGGUUCUGUAUUCGCGACUGAGUACUGGUCCCUUCUACCGUUUUCGCGGGGAAAUAUUCAUAUCACGUCGUCCGAUCCAUCGAAGCCGGCUUCUAUCAACCCGAACUACUUCAUGUUUGACAAAGAUAUGAUUGCUCAAGCUGAAAUUGCUUGGUACAUUCGGAACGCAUUCAAUACUGCACCUUUGAGUGAUCUUGUGACAGAGGAGUAUGAGCCUGGGAUGGAUCUGCUACCUAACAAUGCGUCUGAGAACGAUUGGUCCGACUGGAUCAAGGGAACCUAUCGGUCAAACUUCCACCCCGUCGGCACCGCCAGUAUGCUUCCACGAGCAAAGGGUGGCGUUGUCGACCCCCAGCUCAAAGUUUAUGGAACAAAAAACGUCCGCGUUGUCGAUGCGUCAGUCUUGCCGUUCCAGCUUUGUGGCCACUUGACAAGUACUCUUUAUGCUGUGGCUGAGAAGGCGUCGGAUUUGAUCAAGAACAAAUACACUGAUUAUUGA